CAUUCGUAGGAAUUUUUCCUAGUAUAAGUUCAACACACACUUACCUCUCCAUCCUCAUCUCUUUCACUCUUUUCUCUUAUCUUCUUCUCAAUGUCCAAAAUCUCUCAAAGGAUUUCCAUGGAUUCUCUUCUCUACUCCAGCGUUUGGUACUACUGGACGACUUGUCUGUGCUUGGCGAUCGCAUUCUUUGCGCUGCUCAAUCUCUACUCGAGGAAGAGGGCGCAUAGCAAUCUUCCACCCGGUCCCUUUUCCUGGCCUCUUGUUGGAUCACUGCCCUCUCUCGGCCGCUCCAGGCACCGCUCUCUCCAUCGUCUCGCCAAGAAGUAUGGACCGAUCAUGUAUAUGGAGCUGGGAAGCCGUCCUCACGUAAUCAUCAGCAGCCCCGCGAUGGCCAGGGAGGUUCUCAAGGAUCACGAUGUCGAGUUUGCGAGCAGGCCCCAGUUCCACACCUUCUUCAAGAACGUAAGCCACGACUACAAUGAUCUUGUGUUUGCUCCUCACGGCGAGCGCUGGAAGAUGCUGCGGCGAGUGAGCGGCACGGAGAUCUUCGCCGCCGGGAGAGUGAACCACUUCUCUGGGAUCCGCAAGCGCGAGCUCGCGGCGUUUGCCUCGAUCAUCGAGAAGUCGGCGGCUGCCGGGGAGGCGUUUGAUCUCACCGCGCUGCUCCACGAGCUCUUCACCAACUUGAUGACGUCGGUUCUCUUCGGCCAGAAGUUCUAUAACUCGGACACCCCUGUCACCCGAGAGGCCGAGGCUUAUCGCGCUGUGUGGGACACGAUCAUCGCGGAGUCGGAGCGGCUGUACAUCGGAGACUUCAUCCCUGCGCUGCGAUGGGUCGAUAAGGUCAAGAGGAGCGAGCACAGGCUGAAGAACCAGAUCAUACCGGCAGUGGAGAACUUCCUGAACGCGAUCGUCAAGCAGCACAAGGAGAGCUUCGUCGCGGAGAAUCCUCCCAGGGACUUUGUGGACGUGAUGCUCUCACUGGGUGGCGAGAACAAGCUGGACGACAUGGCGAUCAUCGCACUCCUCCAGAAUCUUCUCUUAGCUGGGACGAACACCUCCAAAGGCACUGUGGAGUGGGCGAUGUCCGAGAUGAUACGCUGCCCCGGCGUCCAGAAGAAGGCGCACGAAGAGCUCGACCGGAUCGUUGGAAGGAACCGCUGCCUGGAAGAGACAGACCUCAAAGAUCUCCCUUACAUCCAAGCCAUCGUCAAGGAAGUCCUGCGCUUGCAUCCACUGGCCACCACUGGCCUCCCACACAGCAAUCCCGCGACCUCCCAGCUCGCCGGCUACACAAUCCCGGCCAACACCACGCUGCUCGUCAAUAUCUGGGGGAUCCAUCACGACCCGGCGAACUGGAGCGAUCCCGAGAGCUUCUGCCCAGAGCGAUUCCUGGGCAGCGAUCACAGCGUCCUGGGGAACCACUUCGAUCUCAUACCUUUCGGAUCCGGGCGGCGCCGCUGCGUGGGAAUACCGCUGGCGAUUCCCCACGUGUCGCUCACGCUGGCCUAUCUUCUGCAUCGAUUCGAGUGGAGGAUGCCGGAUGGGCAGGAGAUUGACAUGGAGGAGAAGACGGGGCUGGCGACCAUGCCCGCCAAGCACCGGAUUGUCUGCGCCACUGUGAGAAAAUGAACAACUUUACGGAUACCUUUAAAAUA